AUGGAAUCAAAUCACAAAUCCGGGGAUGGAUUGAGCGGCACCCAGAAGGAAGCAGCCCUCCGCGCACUGGUCCAGCGCACAGGAUAUAGCUUGGUCCAGGAAAAUGGACAAAGAAAAUAUGGCGGCCCUCCUCCUGGUUGGGAGGCUGCACCCCCAGAAAGGGGCUGUGAAAUUUUUAUUGGAAAACUUCCCCGAGACCUUUUUGAGGAUGAACUUAUACCACUAUGUGAAAAAAUUGGUAAAAUUUAUGAAAUGAGAAUGAUGAUGGAUUUUAAUGGCAACAAUAGAGGAUAUGCAUUUGUAACGUUCUCAAAUAAACUGGAAGCCAAGAAUGCAAUCAAGCAACUUAAUAAUUAUGAAAUUAGAAAUGGGCGUCUCUUAGGGGUUUGUGCCAGUGUGGACAACUGCCGAUUGUUUGUCGGGGGAAUUCCAAAAGCCAAAAAAAGAGAAGAAAUCUUAACAGAGAUGAGAAAGGUCACUGAAGGAGUUGUUGACGUCAUUGUCUACCCUAGCGCUGCAGAUAAAACCAAAAACCGGGGCUUUGCCUUUGUGGAGUAUGAGAGUCAUCGGGCAGCCGCCAUGGCCAGGAGGAAACUGCUACCAGGAAGAAUUCAAUUAUGGGGACAUCCUAUUGCCGUAGACUGGGCAGAGCCAGAAGUAGAAGUUGAUGAAGACACGAUGUCUUCAGUGAAAAUCCUAUACGUAAGAAACCUUAUGCUGUCUACCUCUGAAGAAACGAUUGAAAAGGAAUUCAACAAUAUUAAACCAGGUGCUGUGGAGAGAGUGAAAAAAAUCCGAGACUAUGCUUUUGUGCACUUCAGCAACCGAGAAGAUGCCGUUGAGGCUAUGAAAGCUUUAAAUGGAAAGGUGCUGGAUGGUUCCCCCAUUGAAGUGACCCUUGCCAAACCAGUGGACAAGGACAGUUAUGUCAGGUACACCCGAGGCACAGGUGGAAGGGGCACCAUGCUGCAAGGAGACUACACUUACUCUCUGGGCCAUGUUUAUGAUCCCACCACAACCUACCUUGGAGCUCCUGUCUUCUAUGCUCCCCAGGCCUAUGCAGCUAUUCCCAGUCUUCAUUUCCCAGCCACCAAAGGACACCUCAGCAACAGGGCCAUUAUCCGAGCCCCUUCUAUUAGAGAAAUUUACAUGAAUGUACCUGUAGGGGCUGCGGGAGUGAGAGGACUGGGCGGCCGUGGCUAUUUGGCAUACACAGGCCUGGGUCGUGGAUACCAGGUCAAAGGAGACAAGAGAGAAGACAAACUCUAUGACCUUCUACCUGGGAUGGAGCUCACCCCAAUGAAUCCUGUCACUUUAAAACCCCAAGGAAUUAAACUUGCUCCCCAGAUAUUAGAAGAAAUUUGUCAGAAAAACAACUGGGGACAACCAGUGUACCAGUUGCACUCUGCCAUCGGACAAGACCAAAGACAACUAUUCCUGUACAAAAUAACCAUUCCUGCUCUGGCCAGCCAGAAUCCUGCCAUCCACCCUUUCACACCUCCGAAGCUAAGUGCUUAUGUGGAUGAAGCAAAGACAUAUGCGGCCGAAUACACCCUGCAGACCCUGGGCAUCCCCACUGAUGGCAGUGACGCUGGGACCGCAGCUGCUGCUGCAGCCACUGCCUUCCCAGGAUAUGCUGUUCCUAAUGCAACUGUACCUGUGUCUGCAGCCCAGCUCAAGCAAGCAGUGACCCUUGGACAAGACCUGGCAGCAUACACAACCUAUGAGGUCUACCCCACUUUUGCAGUGACUGCCCGAGGAGAUGGAUAUGGAGCCUUCUGA